UUUUCUUGCAUGUGUGUGUUGCGGGUACUGUAACAUAAGAGUGAGACAGCAUGUGUGUAUCUCGUGCUUUGAGAGGGGUGGUGUGUGUAACUGAAUAAAUGGGUAAGAGUCGGUGAGUGUAUGUGUUUCAUAUGCUGUAACACAGGAGUGAGACUGCGUGUGUUUAUUUUUGGCUCAGUGCGAGCGUGUCGAUGGCUGCCGAUGCGUCGCAAAGGAAAGCUCUGAGAUACCAGCAAACCCUGCUGUAUGGGGAAUAUCGGGAGCAGCUGGGUAAUAUUGCCAGACGAGAGGCCACACGUCUGUUGACUGAAAGGCAAUGGAAGAGGCAUGCCGGCAAUGCCAAGGCAACCAGGAGAGGCCAUGGCCGAGCACAUCAUGCCAGCCUGGAUGUGGGGCCCAUGACACCAGGUUUAAGCCCCUCCUCUAUAAAGAAGCCACGUCCCUAUUCCAAAUGCCAGGCCUGCCUGUCCCGGAUCCAGAGGUAUAUAGUGACAAAGUUGGGCGAGGACUGGAUCUUCCUGGUUCUUUUAGGCCUCACUAUGGCUCUGGUUAGCUGGAGCAUGGACUAUGCCAGUGCCAAGAGCCUACAAGCAUAUAAGUGGAUGUACGGAGAGCUGAAGGGGAAUGUGGCUUUGCAGUAUCUGGCCUGGGUCUCAUAUCCCAUCAUCCUCGUCGUGUUUGCAUCCCUCUUCUGUCAUCUGGUCUCUCCUCAAGCUAUAGGCUCUGGGAUCCCUGAACUCAAGACCAUCCUCCGAGGUGUGGUGUUAAAAGAGUACCUGACGCUCAAGGCGUUUGUGGCUAAAGUCAUUGGUCUUACAGCUGGGCUGGGCAGUGGUAUGCCCAUCGGGAAGGAGGGUCCUUUUGUGCAUAUUGCCAGUAUAUGUGCGGCAGUGCUGAGCAGGAUCAUGUCCAUCUUCACCGGUGUGUAUGAGAACCCCUAUGGUUACACAGACAUACUGACAGUAGGAUGUGCUGUUGGGGUGGGCUGCUGUUUUGGGACUCCCCUUGGAGGUGUGUUGUUCAGUAUUGAGGUCACGUCAACAUAUUUUGCAGUAAGGAAUUACUGGAGAGGAUAUUUCGCUGCCACAUUCAGUGCCUUCAUAUUCCGAGUUCUGUCAGUGUGGAACAAAGAUUCUGUUACGAUAACAGCGCUGUUUCGUACAAACUUUCGAAUGGAUUUCCCUUUUGACCUUCAGGAACUGCCAGCUUUUGCAAUAAUCGGGAUCUCAUGUGGGUUUCUAGGGGCAUUCUUUGUAUAUCUAAACAGACAAGUUGUUCUGAUCAUGAGGAGACCAACGGCACUUACACGAUUUCUCACAAAACACCGGUUGAUUUACCCUGGUGCAGUGACACUAAUUAUAGCCUCCUUCACAUUUCCUCCGGGCUUCGGCCAGUUCAUGGCUGGAGAGCUGAUGCCCAGAGAGUGCAUUAAUUCACUGUUUGAUAACUUCACAUGGACAAAGAUCUGGGGUUCACCAGCUCCACCUGGAUUGGGUCGCUCUGCUGCCUGGCUCCAUCCACAAGUCAGCGUCUUCGUCAUCCUUAUCCUCUUCUUCAUCAUGAAGUUCUGGAUGUCUGCAGUAUCAACUACAAUGCCGGUCCCUUCUGGAGCCUUCAUGCCUGUUUUUAUAUUGGGAGCAGCAUUCGGCCGUUUGGUGGGUGAGAUCAUGGCCACGCUGUUUCCGAACGGAAUUCUGUUUGAUGGGAUUGUGUACCAAAUCCUGCCUGGAGGCUAUGCAGUGAUAGGGGCAGCAGCUAUGACAGGAGCCGUCACACACACAGUUUCAACAGCAGUCAUUUGUUUUGAACUGACGGGUCAAAUCUCACACAUUCUGCCCAUGAUGGUGGCCGUGAUUCUCGCCAACAUGGUGGCACAGGGUCUACAGCCUUCUCUUUAUGACUCCAUUAUUCAGGUCAAAAAGCUGCCCUAUCUUCCAGAGCUCAGCUUUGGCCACAUCAGUAAAUAUAAUAUCUUUGUGGAGGACAUCAUGGUGAAGAAAAUAAAGUUUCUGUCACCUCAGUCCACUUACAGAGAGCUGAAAGAUCUCCUGGAGUCCAUGUCUCUCAAAACCAUCCCGCUCGUCGACUCCAAAGAGUCAAUGAUUCUAUUGGGCUCCAUUGAGAGAUGUGAACUUCAGGCCGCCUUGGAUUGGUCCCUCUCUGCUGAGAGGCGGGUUUAUAUCCGAGGUGAGGGCGUGUCCAGCCCGGGGUCAAAGGUCAACUGGGAGUCCUUCGCCUUUGUGGAUGAGGAGGUUGGAGAGGAGAAUGGAGACAAGGGUAACACAGUCUCUGAAGAGUGUAACGGCCCACUGGGGUCCACCAAAACCACAAACGUCUCCACAAAUCACUCCACAUCUGCAGGUGCCCUGCAGUCUGUGAGGAGGACUCUUCGUCGUCUUUUCUCCUCAUCUUCCUCAUCAGGGCAGACUGAGCUGGAGAGCCCUGCAGCUCCUCCUGUAGUUGAUAACAUGACUCCUGAAGAGAUCAAAGCCUGGGAAGAGGAAGAGCUGGAUAAGCCCAUUGAUAUCGAUCAGAUCCGUGUUGACCCCUCACCUUUUCAGCUGGUGGAGAGAACAUCCUUGCAUAAGACUCACACCCUGUUCUCUCUGCUGGGUCUCAGUCAUGCGUAUGUAACUAGUAUUGGUAAACUGGUAGGGGUGGUCGCACUAAAAGAGCUCCAGAAAGCAAUCGAGGGUUCGACUCGUAGCGGAGUGCGACUGCGUCCUCCUCUGGCCAGUUUCAGAGACGCCAGACGCAAGGCCAAAAAGCCUUCGCGUUCCCCUUCCGUCCCAUCCUCUCCCACUCGGGACAGAGAGCUGUGGAGCGAGAGUGUGAAGAGAGAAACUAAAGACAAGUCCGCUGAUAGUUGUAUCCAGACAGACGUCAAAGAGUGUGAUAUAGCCACAGGCAGCAGCAGCAGAAGUACCGCCAGCACCUCUCAGGAGCAACUACCUUCCCCUUCUUCUUCCACACUCCCUCUCUCCUCUCGUCAUUCUGUGCCUGAAGGAGAGGUGGAUGCUGAUAGAGAGAGUGAUGAGGAGCCUUUAUAGGCCUAUUGUUUAUCAUUUUCUCAAAUUCAGCCCUCCGGGGGGAUGCAAACCAAAUUAUGGUGCCGACUUUGGGCCCAGCACAAGAGCUGCACCUUCAGACUUGUUGAUUGAUUUUCUACUCUCGACUCUACUCUACAGGACUCUCUAUACUCUUUCUUUCUAGAGGUUUUUUCACUUGUUGUCUAUACAUUUGUACAUAUGGACAGUCGGUCUGACGCAUCUCACUGAAUGUCUUCUCCUCCUUUGCUAGUCGAUCCCCGUGUUUGUCUGCUGAACCUGAUAUUAUAUCUGUAAAAAUGAAAGAUUUGUUUCCCUAACAAGUGAUUUGUAUUUGAUCUGACCCUUGUCUUGGUAUAACUGAUAUUUCUUUUUAAUUGUAUAGAUGUGAAAUUUAAAACAAUAUUUCAGGUUCAAUACAAGUUUAACUCAGUUCAGUGCUAAUGUUAGCUUUAACUAAGAUUAUUUUCAAUUGUUUUGUAAAUUGAAAUGAAGCUGAAACGAUAUAUAUAUAAUUAGAAGUUUAAGUCAAAUGAAGUUAAAGUUCUAGGUUACAGUUGUUGACAUUAACGAACUAACAAUGGAAGCAUACUUCUAAAACAUUUAUUAAUCUUAAUGCUAAUUGCCACAUUUAUUAAUGCAUUAUUAAAAUCUAAAGUUUUAUCUUUUAAUGUUAUUUAAUGGACCUGGGCUAACAUAGGGUAACAAUGAACAGUUGUAUUUUUAUUAACUAAAAUAAACAAAGAUGAAUAGAUAUUGUAGCAAAUGUGUUGCUCAUUAGUUAAUGCAAAUGUUAUUAGCUAAAGGCACCUUGAUUAAAAUUAAAACAAAAAUGAAAAAUAAUUAUAGCAAUAAUAUAAGCUAUAAAUGCUAUAAUAGUAUGUACAUAAUACUAAAAUAACACUGGCUAAAUUGAAAACAUUUGUUACAAUAUUGAUUAGAACAACAUCUGUCCUUUGUUUUCUUUAAAAAAGCAAAAAUCAUUGUUAAUCUAUUUUUUGGGAGGGGGUGUGGUUAAAAGUAAAAAAAAAUGAAGGUUUUAGUUUUAUAAAAGCACUUACAUUAAUUAUUCUGUGAAAAUGUGUGAAUAUUUUAAUAAAUACGGCUGUAAAGCUGUUUAAAUCAUAAUUGUUAUCAUCAUUUUAGGGUUUGUGUUUAUAGAAUUACAUUGUCAUGGUAACAAAGUUGUGAAUUUGUAUAAUUUUAAACACAAAAUGUUAGGAAUUGAUUUAAUUCACACUAAAACCAUCUUCACAUUAAUAUUUUCUAUAUCUUGUAGCUAUAAUAUUUAAACAUUUUGUAUUUAAACGUUCACUUUCAUUGUAAGUGCCUCAGUAACCAAAUCAUUUAAAAAAAAAUAAAAUAAGAAGAGUACAUUUAUUUUUGUGCCGCAAAUAAUUUAGUCACAAUGUUGAUUGAUCUUGUGCUGAACCUGGUAUAUUCAUCUAAUCACUAGACAUUCAUUAUGAAGCUGAUUUGUUUACUACAUAAUUUAAGCUGCAAAGUCAUUACUCUAUCAUUGAAUCUUUGUUUAAUUAUUAUAACUAUUGAUGAAUAUCUGAUUCGUUUUUAUUUGUUUUAAUGGUCUGAAUAGCAUGCAGGCUUUUUGCCACGUCUUAAAAAUACACAGUGCGCAAUACUGCUUUGUUUGCUUCAUUUAUUAAUUUUUUCUUCAUUAUUUUGGGAAAAAUAAAGGAAUAGUAAUAUUCUUGAAGGUCAGGGAGGUGUUUUGUUCGUGCAGGAAAAAGAGAUGUGAAAGAGAGAGUCCGAUGGAGGAAGAGGAAGAGCACAUUGGAAGAACCCGCUCAAAACCUUCAGUGAAGCAUGCAUAGAUAUACGUAUCACAGAGCACUUCUUAUAUCACACCUCUAACAGCUCAGUCAGUCAAUGGAUUUGUGCCUGUAUAGCUUGCUAAAUGUGUUGACUCCACGCAAUCAUAAACCAAUUUGAUCACAAUAGUGUUUUUUUUUAUCCAACGUGUUACUACUUCUGAAUAUGAUUCUUCGACCAAGAGGAGACAACACAGGGUUUGAGUAAUAGACAGAUAACAUGGAACGAGAGAGGAGGAGAGAAAGACAAGUACACUAGUUUACAGAGAGAAGGAAAGAGGUAGAACAAAAGAGCGGUUACAGCAUCACGCCAACAGACAGUUUUGUAGUGAAAGAUGGCAGUAGAAUUGUACCAAAAAAUCCAUUUGAGAUCAGUUCAUCUGUAAACACAAGUGAUAAACCACUACAUCCAAGGAAAUACAUUUGGCUUUUUGUUAUUUAUUCAUUCGGGUAUUCCUUAUCUUACAUAAAAAGCAAUAAAAGAGAACAUGACAUCACUCCUUUGGUUGCAGCAGUAUGACCUGGCUUUGUGAUUGCCGUGUUACUUUGAUUGGUUGAUUAUGUCAUUAAAAUCUUUGAGGCAUUUUUCAGAAAUGGAAUCAUUAAAAUGUGGUAGUGGAAUUACAGGCACAACAGAGUAAAUAAAGAAGUUGGUGCUCUUGAAUUGACAAAGUCAUUUAAUAUCCCUCAGGUGACAAAGUGUGCAUUCAUAAUCCUUUAUAAUAUUUUACUAAGUACCAGAGUCAGAGCACUGGUGUCUGGUUUUCAUGUUUUCCGAUACUAGGCUACAAUGUACAAAACAAUCGAUUUAGCAACAAGAUUAACACUGCAUCAACUUUACAGUAAAACUCAGGACUUAUCUUUAAUUCAGUCGUUAACUGAAAUGCAAGAUGGCACCAGUUGCGCUUUUUCGUAAAUGAGAAUGUGUUUGCGACGCGAUAAAGAUACACAAAAGUAGCACCGGUUCUAGUUAUCUGCACAAUGCCAAGUAAGGCUUAAAGUAAUCAUGAGAUGAGGGAAAAACAAUUAAAAUACACACAAAUCCAUGGCCACGGUUUUGCAUUUCAUCCCACUCGUAUAUGGUUAAUAAACCAUACUCCCAAAAUUCUUAAAUUCGUUGGUUUAACAAAUCUUGCCUAUUGAUAAGCUAAUACACCGUACCCACAAGUUCUCAAUCUGUGCGCUGAGAUUUAUAAACCAUACCUUAGUUUUUUGCGAUCUGCAACCAAAUUAUCAAACUGUAACUUUUCUAACUUUUUUUUUCAAAACGUAGGCUAUGUUUUCACAAUUCGUUGCCUUUGGGAAACCGUUCGGAUUGCGAAAGUGAUUUACAGGUGACUUCCGGGCCUCCAUUUGACAAAUAUGAGCACAAUAAAUACAUUUAAAGUUAAUGAACUUUAACAAGUAAGCAAUGACUUUUGUGCUUACAAGUCAGAAUAUCGUAAACGCGAUAAGUCAAUGCAUUAAUAAUUAUGCAGUCUCUUGAGUAAGUAGGCUACUUAUUUUGAGUAGGCCUAAUUAAUUAGGCUACUUUGUGACCAAUAAAAAAGUAUGUUCUUUGCGUACGACAUUCAAACAUGAUUGGUCAUUAUCACAUGACCUAGCAUUGUAAUUUGUGUCUUUACUGCCAGUAGGCUAGUUUAGGGGAGUAUGCAAUUUUGAAUACAGGGAAUAUCUCAAUGAUUGACAGUUCGUUUAUUAAGGUUGCAAUGGGUUAGUUUAUUAAGACUAAUUUAUAAUCAUUGUAUGCUUUAGACAUAUAAAACAUCUUCGUUCGCACAUCAUAAACAAACUAAACUCAGUAACGUAGGAAACUCAUUGAUAUUGUAAUUUAAUAGGGAGAAAAACAAUAUACGCUUAUAGUUAUAUACGAUAUAGUUUUUGAAUUGUUUGGUGAUGUAGGCUAAAUCAACUUUUCUUUUAAAUAAAGUUUUUGGAAAGGAAUUGUGCUGAUUUCAGAACAGCAUACUAAUGUGAAAUAUAGAAGAUAAAGAAAUUGUUAUGUUUGACUAUCACUUUG